CACACACAGUAUACAGCUGACUGCGCUCGUGCGUGCGAGUCGUGUUUGUACAUGAAAGUGUGGCCUUGGGUGGAUUAGCAUUGGAAACGGCGGUAUUGGGUCCAUCCGAAGGCAUAUAUGUAAUACUGAGUAGUUGCGUCAAAGAUGUGGCAACGCGGGUACAUUCCUUUUCUUCUGACCCUCUACAUAUCACAUUUUACUGUUUCUGCGGGACUGAACGUACAUGCACACCCCUCAUCAGAAUGGAGCUACCAGGCAGGAAGGGCAAAACAACUCGGGAAAUUAAACAAUUAUGACAUCACAAUACCGUACCGUCUUGAUGGACGGCAGCGAAGAGACGCUGAAACUCUGACAGAGGGGGGACACCUUGAGGAGGCAACAUUUGUGCUGCAGUUGGGCAGAGAAGAAAUCACUGUGGACCUGAAGUUGAACGAGGACCUGUUUCCAGCCCGCUUCAUCCAGCGCUCUUACCUGCCAGAUGGACGGCUGUUGACCAGGAAACCUCACAGAUUGCAUCACUGCUAUUACCACGGCGAAGUCCGCGGCAAGAACUCCUCCCGGGUUGCUCUGAGCACGUGCAACGGCCUGAGCGGGCUCAUCAUCAUCGACGGCAAGAGCCAUUACGUGGAGCGGCUGAGCGACUCGGAGGGCGAGCAUGUCGUCUACACGCCCGACAGUGUCCGGAGGAAAAAGAAGACGUGGGUGUAUGACACUGGGCUGAGCAAUGAGCCGGUGGCGUCCAAUUGGCCCGAAUCCAUGCACCAGCAAGCGCGAGUGAGGCGAGAUGUCUUUGACGAAACCAAAUAUGUGGAGCUGUUCAUUGUGGCAGAUAACGCAGAGUUCAUAGACCAAGGGAGCGACAAAGAGAAGGUUUUUGCAAGAUGCAAAGAGAUGGCCAACGCAAUGGAUAUGAUCUAUCGUCAGCUGAACAUGCGGGUGGCCCUGAUCGGGGUGGAGGUCUGGGACGAAGGGGACCAGUUUGACGUGAGCACCAAUCCCACACUCACCAUGCAGUACUUCCACCGCUGGAGGAAAGAGACACUCCUCCCCAAUGUGUACAACGACAACGCCCAGUUUGUCACAGGCAAAUCCUUUGAUGGAAGCACUGUUGGUAUGGCUUCUUUGUCUGUCAUGUGCUCACUUGACCGAUCUGGUGGGGUCAAUGAGGACCAUGGGGUGAAUGCUGCCGACGUGGCAUCCACCAUGGCACACGAAAUGGGCCACAACAUGGGCUUUGUGCACGACACAGAGGACAGAAACUGUCAGUGCGAUGCCCCAGCCAGCACUGGGUGCGUCAUGGAACCCUCCAGCGGUUCCAUCCCGCCCACCAUCUUCUCCUCCUGCUCCCAAGCCGACCUGGAGGCCGCCUUGCUCAAGGGCCUGGGAGCAUGCCUCUUCAACUACCCCAAGGAGAUCUUCCAGGGGCCGCACUGCGGCAACGGCUUCCUGGAGAAGGGCGAAGAGUGCGACUGCGGAACUGUGGAGGAGUGUAAGAACGAGUGCUGCGUGCCUGAAAGAUGCAUCCUGCACGAGAAUGCGACCUGUGCCAACGGGGAGUGCUGCGAGGACUGUCAGCUGAAGGAGGCGGGCGUGCGUUGCCGCGACGAGGUCAACGAGUGCGAUCUGCCCGAGUACUGCACGGGCAUCGAUAACGAGUGUCCAGGCAAUGUUUAUCGACAGAAUGGGGAGGACUGUAAGACGAGUGACGCCAUUUGUUACAACGGCCAGUGCGUGACCUAUGAUGAUCAGUGCAGAGCCUUGUGGGGAAAUGGAGCCACAAAUGGGCAUGAGCUGUGCUAUGACUUCAACGAGCAGGGAUCCAAUCACGGGAACUGUGGGAUGGACGAGAACGACAACUUCAUCCGCUGUCCAAAGAGGGAUUUAAAGUGCGGUAAGUUGAUGUGCGAGGGUGGCGCUGACUUCCCCAUCAUUGGCUCGCUGGCAAGGGCCAGCGUGGGUUAUCGCUUUGACUCCCAAGGAGUGAGGCACACCUGCAAGUCGGCCGGCAUCGACCUCGGGGACGACAUCCCGGACCCUGGGUACGUCGGUGAUGGCUCCUUGUGCGGAAGCUCCAAGACUCAGUUAUGUUUUGAGACGAGCUGCGUCAACAAAUCCGACCUGAACAUCAGAGACUGCCCCUUCAAUUGUUACAACCAUGGGGUUUGUAACAGUAACAACCACUGCCACUGUGAUCCCAAGUGGGCCCCGCCCUUGUGCAAGAGCUCGGGCUACGGAGGAAGCAUCGACAGCGGACCGGCGCGACCCCAGGGUGACGCUCCCACCGUUCCUCCACUAACAUCUGACAAGUCGGAUAAUUUGAACCCCGACUUCACGGACCAUGACAAAGAGGUUGAGGCGUACAACAACACGAUGGUGGCACUGCUCGUCGUGUUCUUGGUGGUCGUCCCCGGGCUUGUCUCUGGCGGAAUAGCGGCAUUCAUCAAGAGGCAGAAACUGCAACAGAUACUCUGCAAGAAGAGUAGCGUCCCGCCAGUUGCGUCGCACCUGCAACGGCCCAUGUACAAGCACGACAUCAAACGCCCCAGUAGGCAAGGGUUCAAGAGUGUCCCGGAGAGCACUUCAACUCGUGCUGAUGUCACCAACGGUCACCCUGCCCGGAACCCAACACCCAGGCCGGACAUUGUCGUGAACACUUACUCAGCGUCCCGUGAUCCCAGUGUAGUCUACAAGCCCACGACGGAGCCAGUGCGGCCUCCCCCACUGCCGCCCCAGAGGCCGGACAACGCCCCGCCCUCCUACGUCAGCGUUGUCAGGCAGGAGUCGUCCAAGAGGAAGCCUGCCAAUCCGCCUCCCCCAGUCCCCUCCACCCCUGCCGAGGUGAAACACCCGAACCCUGUGCGGAAGGCACCCACUAAACCCCCUGCGCCACCUGUCACCAGCCCCCCUGCUCCCCCUCCCGCUCCUCCCAUGAAGCCCCCAAGUGCCCCGCCCAGGCCUCCCCCAGGACUGGUUCGAAAGCCUGUCCUCCCCAAGCCACCCUCCUUGCCCUCGGCAUCAACACAGAACACGACGGAGCCUGCCAAUCCAGGCAGUGUGGCACUCCGUCCGCCAACCAGCCGACCGCCAGUGCCUAGGGUCAAGUUCAACGCCAACAACUCGGCCGCGACUCCCGAAAAGGAAGACAAGCCCAAACCGGUCAGCAGGCCCACGCCACCACCGAGGCCCGAGUCACUACGCAUCAAGAGCGUCGCUGUUCCAAAGCAACGCCCACCCAUACCUCGUCGUCCAUCCAGUACCAGUGGCAACCCAUCUGUAUGAUGCUCACUGACCUGCCUUGGUUGUAAAAACAUGCCUUUUUCUUUCCCUGUUUUGGAUAGUAAUUUCCUAAAAUCUGCUGGAAUCUGAAAGAAAGUUUUGCAAAGCCCAGUCGUCGGUUUGAAGCCUUAUGCAACCUGAAAGAAUGUUGCCCUCCAUGGGCACAGACCUGCGACUUAAGUAACCCAAGGAUGUAUGCAGAAUCUCCAUGUAUGAUUGCCAAGAUAGUUGUGCUCUGUGAUUGGCGGAAUUUCAAGCUGGCCUAAAAAUUCCGGCCAAUCGGUACACUGGAGCUGCCCCAGAACAAAUAAGGCUGUUUCAUUGAAUGCUACCCCUCCCAUAACAUGGUCAUACUUGUAACGAGGAUAGUUUCUCAUGUUUGAUACACUUUCAGCAGAUUUUUAGGGCAUUAUGCACGUAUCAGUAUUUUUUAAAGAGCUGUAUCUUGUAAUAACAAUAAAUGACUAGUUGCCAAAUUUAUCUCGUGUGAAGUAACUAGGUUUGUUGGGUUUAAAUGUUGGUACUGAAGUGAUCAUAAAUAAACUAAUGUAACAUUACAAAAUUAUGAGUAUGUGUAACUAUAUUGUAUCAUUUUUAUUUAAUUGUCAGCAAAAUACGACGAUCAAAUAUAAGGGUUAAAAAUUAUAUGGGUCAUUAUACACGACUUCAAAAAGUUAAGGACCUCUUUUUGUUUUGUGUAUUUUUUUGUAUCUGAGAUAUUUUACUGCUGAAAAUGUGCAUUUG